AUUUUGCUAAGACUUUUUAUCAUGAAUGGUGUUGGACUUUGUCAAAUGCCUUUUCUGCAUCAAUUGAUAAGAUCAUGUGGUUCUUUUUUUUUAUACUGAGUCUUGGAUAUAUCAAGAAUUUAUUUUGCUGAAAUAUAGUUAGCAUUUUAUUUCUAAAUGUCAGUUAUCUAAUAGUAAUUUCUUCAGUAAUCCAGUUUUCCUGCAUUGAUACGAAGUGCUCCUAACUAAAAAAAAAUAGAAAUUUAAUAUGUGCUUAAUUUCUGAACUUAUUUUUUCACUGUUUCAAUUGCUUAGUUCUGUACCAUGCUGCUGCCAUUGUUGUAGUUUCAUAAUACAUUUUAGUAACCAGUAGGACAAAUCUCCCAUUCUGCCCUUUGUUUUGCCCUUCUUUUCCCAAAUUAAAGUCAGUUUGGAUUUUUAGUGUAAUGGCAUUUAAUUUAUAAAAUAAUUUAGGUGAAAAUUCUAUUUUUAAAUUAUCUAUCCAAUAAUCUUUUUUAUUUAAUCACAUCUUAUAAUUAAUAAAUAUUAUUCUCUUCAUAUAAAUCCUUAUACUUCUUAUUAAAUUUAUGUCAAGAACUGUGAAAGGUCUGAGAUUUUACCUUGCCUGCAAGCAAACAAGUCAGCCUGUCACAGUUUCAUAAAACCUGGCAGAUGACAGGAGACUCCCAGGUCAGAGGCACAGCAGGCAAUAUGAGCUUCAUGUUUGCAUCUGCUCUCCUUGUCCAAGUUCCACAGUGGUGCUGCACAUGCAGUGGGUUUGCGUCACAGCUGAGGAACCCUGAGCUUAGGAAAUCCUAGUGAGAGGUAGGACCAUGCUUCCUUGAGCUAACUGAUGAGGAAUGAGAGGAGUACUGAAACCUGUUGUCAUCAAGUCAAUUUUUAUUCAUAGCAACCCUAUAGCACAGAGUAGAACUGCCCCAUAGGGUUUCUAAGAAGUGCCUGGUGGAUUCAACCUACCAACCUUUUGGUUAGCAGCCAUAGCUCUUAACAGGUGCAAAGAGAAGAAAGAACAUUCCAGGCAAAAGGCCUUGUGGUGGGAGGAAGUGUGGUAACUAUAAAUACCCGACAAAAAGGCCGGUAUGGUAAUUCCGUUAUCAUCUGGCUUAAUGCUCCUGAAGGGAACCAGCCUGUUUAUUUUUCCCAUUGUAAAUGACCUAUUUGUUUUGCAUGAAUGCUUGUAGAUCUUUUUUCUUUACCUUCGAAGUAUAUUAAUUUCAUUAGGAUUUAUUUUUGUUCAUUCUCUAAAUUAAGACACAGAGAACCUCUUCAUUCUGGAAAGCAAUCUUGUAAUAUAUCUGUAAGUAUUUUCUGUUUCUAUUAGUUAUGACCUUAACUAUAUGACCUUUAAACGUAUGAUACAUUUUCUUUGUCUAACUUCCGUAGUUAUGUUCUCCCUAAAAAAAUCCCAUCUGCCUUAUUUUCACUGCAUUUCAAGAUUGAAGCCCAUCCUUAGAUUCAGCAUUAAUCUCUGCUACUUUUAAUUUUUUUAUUCAUGUAUUAGUUUUGGAAAGGGAUAUUUUUUGGAGCCUGCACUUUUGCCAUCAUCUUUUCCAGAAGUUUCUGGGCCUGUUAUUGAAAGAACCACUUUGUAAGUGCUUUCCCCCAAUUCUUUAAAAAUUAUUCCAAGGCACCAUUUAGAAAAUUCCCCAUGGCUAAAAUAACCUCUUUAAAUUUUUAAUUUCUUAUCACUCCUAAUUUAAAAAGUAAUUAUUUAUAACAAGAAAUUGGGGAACAGCAUCUUCCUGGUUAAUGAAUAAAAUAUAUAAGGAGGCAUGGUGAACUGAAGAGGCUGUGGGAAGAGUUCUAUCUCUGAAUUUCAAUUUCCCUAAUCAUUGUGGUACCUAAUAUUACACCAAUAAAUGUUCAUUUCUUUGUGUACAGUUUUUGUUGCUGUUGUUGUUAGCUGCCCUUGAAUUGACCCCUGACUCAUGGUGACCCCAUGAACAAUGGGAUUGGACACUCGUGAUUCACAGGGCUUCCAUUGGCUAAUUUCUGGAAGUAGAUCUCCAAACCUUUCUUCCUUAAGGUUUUUGAGGUCUAGCCAAAUGCAAAUAUUCCCAAGAGUUAGAUGUUGAGCUGUUGCUUCAUUAGCAUGAAAUUAGUUUAUCAAAUUUAAUUACUUGGAGAGGUUCCUUAACACUUUCAGAAAUAGAUGUGCUUCUAUGGAAGGAAGGAAGAGGGAAGUGUACACAGCACAAGUCCUCGCUUUUCCUCGCGGUAGAGAGAGGGAACAAAAACAACAGAGAAACUUAAAAAAAUGAUUUUCCUGAAAUAUUGAGAAAUUUUUGGAUUGUUGAGUUUAAUUUCGAAGGAUAAAAAUUCUUAGAAUGAUGUGCUCAUUGGUUUGUUACCCAUCCUUUACUCUUCAAAAACUAUUCAAUAAGAAGGGUUUGGUGAGAAAGCAUCUCAGUUAGCAGAGGGUUGCAAUACCUAUACACUGAGCACAAGCAGACAAACUACCACUGAAGAAAUGCAGCCGAUUUACUCUUUGAGAGGACUGCCAUUAUUGUAAGAGAGUAAAGACAUUCAUUGCAUUCUCUAAUCAUGGGUUUUAUCUUGUUGACUUUUGACCUUGAUGUUAAUGGAUGUGUUGUUGACUUCCUCAGUAGAGGUAAAGUAGAAAGGUAGGGAGACUUGUCCUAGACUAGGAAAAGUUCCUGUUUUCAAAAUCUGGGAAGAUAAACUAAUAAUGAAAAAGCAGAAACUUUUGAUGAUGAGAGUUCAAAAUGAGACCUAGACCAAUUUUACGUGGCAAAAAUCUUAUUUAGUAAGUUUUAGUGGUUCUUCAAUUUUUUUGGUGACCUUUUUUUUGAAAAUGAGUAUUUUGGGUAUUUAUUGGCACUGUGGAGUACAGACACUAAGUCUAGAAAUAGAAGGAUGUUCUCUGUUUACAUGUUGAUGAAUUAAUGUUUCACAGAUCAAAUUCAUUGACUGUAAUUUGUAAUUCUUUGAUUAUAUCACACGUAAUUAUUUUAUGUACCACUAAGAAAGAAAAAAAUGCUGUCUAUGGAACUCUGACAAGCUUACAGUGCUAUAAGGUACAUCCUAAUUUAAGAGAUGUUAACAAGUGAAAAAAUACUCAUCUCAGAAUCAGUGAGAUAUGGUACUUUUCUUAAAGAGCAAAACAAGGAAAAUUGAUAUACUGAACAGUUUGGCAUCCAUCUAUCUGAAAUAUUUAACAGUGCGUUCAACCAAUAAAUUUGUACUUUAAGAUUCCAUUUACCAGAUAUGAAAAUUUGGAAAAAGAGUAACCAAAAUUAUUGAUAAAAUACUGUUAAUAUUCAGAGAAUUAACAACGUGACCUUAAAUCUAUAGAGGAUGCCCCAAAUUUCCACUAUUUGGUAUUUUCUUUUCUGGGCAAGGAAUUUGGUCCAUGCAGAGCUGCCUAGGCAAGGGUGAAGGAACUGCUCCUCUCAUCUUUCCCAACUCCUUCUGCAAUCUUUUGAGCAAGAGCUCCUCAUGCUCGAUAGACAUAUGAAAAACCACAACCAAACCUGUUGCUGUCUAGUUGACUCCAACUCACAGCGACCCUAUAGGACAGAGUAGAACUGCCCCAUAGGGUUUCCAAGGAGCACCUGGUGGAUUUGAACUGCAAUCUUUUGGUUAGCAGCCAUAGCUCUUAACCUCUACACCACCAGGGUUUCCAGUAGAUAGAUAGGUAGGUAGAUAGAUAGACAGACAGACAGACAGAUAGAUAGCAAGCUACCAUCAAAUCCACUCCAGCUUCGACUAAUGAAGACCUUAUGCAUAACAGAACAAAACGUAGCUUGGUCCUGCAUCAUCCUCAUGAUCUCCGCCAGCAUGUUUGAGUCCAUUGCUGCGGCUGUUAUGCCAGUCCAUCUCUCUGAGGGUCUCCCUUACCUUAGCUAGUCCUCUACUUCACCAAACACGAUGUCCAUAUCCAGCAAUUGAUCCUCCUGAUGGUAUGUCCAAAGCAAGUGAGUCUGACAAUGUUCUGUUGUGAUCUCUAAGGUUUUCAUUGGCUAAUUUUUGUAGUAGAUUGCCAGGUCUUUCUUUCUAGUCUGUCUUAGUCUGGAAGCUCCACUAAAACCCUGCUGGUGACCCUACUGGUGCUUAAAAAUUGUCAGAAAUUAAUUUUAUCACCUAACAUUCCCCUAAGUAGAAUAAAAGCCCCACUUGCUUCAUUCCUGAGAAUGAGAAAUCUGACUCCUGAGCUCACAGUAUAACUAUCUUUCUGUGUUGGGGUUAAUCAACUACCCCUUGCUUAAAGGUUUAGGCAAUUUUACCUGCGAAACUUAUUAUUAUUGUUUUUAAUACUAAAAAUAUUGUAGUAUGUGGAGUAUCUGUUUGGGAGAAAGGAUUUAUACAUGGUGAGCAAUUGCCCAUAGUCCCACCAUCUUUGCCAUUAUUGUAAUUUUAGCACAUUUCCUUCCAUUUUUUUUUUACCCAUGUAAGUUUUUGCGUAGCUGAGAUCAUUUUUGCAUGCAAUUUGUGUGAUUUUUUUUCACUUAGUCCAUGUUAUUAAAAGAGCAUGUGAAAGGCUUUUAUAUAGUUAACUAUUUUUAUUCUGUAGAUAUAUUAACUAUUCCUUUACUGCUUGUUAGUUAAGCUUUUUGGGGGGCAGUUUUAAAUAAUGUUAAAAUUAAUAUCUGUAUAUAAAUCUCUGUCCAUAUUUUGGUUGAGGGAACGUCAUCAACAUUAAUACAGUUUAUUUGUACUGUUAAAUUGCUUUCAAGAAAAAAAAGUCAUAACAAUUUAUAACCCCACCAAAGGGAUUAGAAGUGAAUACAAGACGAUGGUUGUGUUUAUUUAAUAUUAUUUAAAGUCAAAAUAACAGGGGAAUUGAGACACAGACAGAUAAAGUGACCUUGUCGCUGGUGACACUAUCAGUUCAGAUUGGAGCUGGGAAUUUAUUGUCUUCUCUGCCUAGCCAGUAUCUUCACUACUUUACUGUAGACUUGUGGAAAUUCCUAUCCUUGAAAUUAUACCAGGGGAUCAGUAGACUCCUCCCCACAAACCCAGGAGACCAACAGCACUGUAAAAGCUCCUAAUGGUACCUGGCUACCCUUAUUUUGUUUUCCCCUCCAAUAAGUGGUAGGCAUCUCCAAAACGGUCAAACCAAAUCCAUCUUUGCCUUGCAAACCAAACAAACACUUCUGUUUCUGUUUUGCUUUAUGUCUGGACUAAUUCUUAGCACCUCUUCUGCCUGUGAGCGAUCUGUCACCUCAUUCCGUAAGACUGGCACCAGCAGAAAUGCAGUCUCAAAGGAUCCCUGGGAGGAAACGAGGCCGACCCCCACUUCACUCAACACCUCUGAAGAUGGCAGUUCCUAACCUUUAUUCUUCUUCACCUGGUUGCUUACCAGCAGUGAAGACCCCAAAGAAAAGAGGGAGGAAACCCGGGUACAAGCUGAAGUCUCAGGUUCUCAUGACUCCUUUAGCCCUCUCACCUCCACGGAGUACCCCUGAGCCGGACCUCAGCAACAUCCCUCAGGAUGCAGCCACCGUACCCAGCUUGGCAGUCCCACAGGCUCUUACAGUCUGCCUUUACAUCAACAAGCAAGCCAACGCAGGGCCGUUCCUGGAGCAGAGGAAGGUGCAGCAGCUCCCAGAGCACUUCGGACCCGAGAGGCCAUCUGCGGUCCUGCAGCAGGCCGUGCAAGCGUGCAUUGACUGCGCCCACCAGCAGAAGCUUGUCUUCUCCCUGGUCAAGCAGGGCUAUGGUGGCGAGAUGGUGUCAGUCUCAGCUUCCUUUGACGGAAAACAGCACGUGCGGAGUCUACCUGUGGUGAACAGCAUUGGGUACGUCCUUCGCUUCCUGGCCAAGCUGUGCCGAAGCCUCCUGUGUGAUGACCUCUUCAGCCACCAGCCCUUCCCCAGGGGCUCCAGUGCCUUUGAGAAAGCCCAGGAGAAAGAGGAUGGGAGGACAGAGUCAGCAAAAACAGUCACCACCGAAGAGUGCCUGGUGAACCCUGUUGGCAUGAACCGCUACGGUGUGGACCCCUCCACCUCCGCCUUUAACCACAGGGGCUCCUUGUACCCCUCCUCCUCGCCAUACCGCAAGAGGCAGAACUCUGGAGACAGCCGCCUUGGGGGAGGCCCUGCCACCACUGCUGGAGGUGUCCGCACCAACCUCCUGUCCUCUGGAAGCCCUUCAGCAUCUGGGCUGAGGCCCCCAGCCUCCAGCCCCAAGAGAAACGGGACCUCUCUUGAAGGAAACAGAUGUGCCUCAAGCCUUUCUCCAGAUGGACAGGACGCCAGGCGGCCCAGGAACAGGAACCCCUCCACUUGGACAGUGGAGGAUGUGGUCUGGUUCGUGAAAGAUGCCGACCCUCAGGCUUUGGGGCCUCACGUGGAGCUCUUCAGAAAGCAUCCGGAGAAAAGGAAUGAAGGAGCUCCACAGGAAAAGCAAAUGAGAAAUCAAAAUGCAUCGGGAAGGAAUACCGAGCUACCUUUGGCUUGCUUGAGGAGGAAACCGAUAACAAGGCAGAAGAUCACGAAGGAGCAGAUAAUUAUUUUAAAAAAAGCUGCAGUAUUUUGUGAAGGAGAAAGUGUGAGUUAUUUAUUGUCAUAAAUAUACUCCAAGAACUUUUCUGAUGUCUUGCUAUGUGCAUUGGAUUCCCCAGCAACACAAGAGGGCCACACUGAGAACCCUAUAGGCGAAUCCAGCAGAUGGUGGGCUGUCCAGAGAUGCUGUUUCCUGUUCCUGCGUGGCGAUGUCAGCCCCAGCAGCAGCUCCCGCUACAUGUGCAUACCACCUGUGCUUCCAGCCUGACUCCUGGCUGCAUUGCAAAGGGAAGUGGGCUAGGAACCUCAGCUUCCAGAGUGCCAUCCCCUGCAAAGGUUGUCCUAGUCAAAGACAAUUCCUUCACGGACAAUUGGAAGCUGGAUUUUUGGAAAUCUAGCAUGUACUUGAGAGAGAAUCGCUCUUAUUUAUUGCCACCAGUUAAAUAUUAUGGAAACAUGUCUGCUAACAAUUUGCUUUGUGUAAUUUGUUCUAAUGCUAAUAAGCCACAGCUGGGAUACUUCCUGUGGUAAAUUCCUUUGUGGUUACAGUGCUAUUAUCACACAUGGACUCCACAAAAA